UUGGAGGGAGGGAGGGAGGGAUAGAGGCAGCGGCCGGAGCUGCGCGGAGCGGCGCGCAGCGCCCCCAAGCCCGCUUUGCUCGCUCCCGGGGCGGGCGCUGAGGAGAGACCGCCGCCAUCCCACCACCCCCGCGACUCCAGCCCUCGGCGGCUCCGGGCCACCUGCGAGUUUUAACCGCCCGCCGGGCGCUGUUGCCUACUGAUGUGAAACCACACAGAGGUGCGAUGUCCGUGUUGUCUCCCUCAUCUUCUCUAGCCUGCAAGCAUGUAAAUGAGUAAUCUGGGCUACAGUAUUUUGACCAGACAGAGCUUUUAACUGCAGUGUCAUAUACAAGGAGAGGACUGCUGUACACUCCUUUGUCCAUCUGGAAAUAGAGGUUCAGAUCCAUUCGCUGCUUGCUGACACGUCUGUUCAGCCAUGUUGGUGUACUUCCUUCCUGGGAGAUGAAUCGGCACUAUGCUCCUCAAUAUUUCUGAAGUAGCACAAGAGGACUUAACACUAGUCGAUGGGAAGAAGCCUUUUAAAUGAAGGGUACUCCUUGUCCUGCCUUCCCGUACCACAUGUCCUGGGUGUCUGAGGACCACUGAGUAAAAUGUUCCUCUUCUAAUAGCUGGAUAGCCAGAGGCUGUUAAUCUGAGAAGACUGUCUUUUUCCACUGUGUUCCAGACUAACUGCAGCUUCUGUAGCUGCUGAUACUGGAGAGCCUGAUUACUCACCUCCCUAUUCCCCUAUCGAAGACCAGUCGCUGACCUGAAACAAAGUCCUGCCUGUGUCGUGCUGAGAAAUCCGGCAAUCUGACUAAGAGGCUCGUGCUGCAUGCCAGAGUCUGGAUCAGCAUGCAACUGGUCUCAAGAAAAGCAUGUAUGUAUAGCCCCUGAAAAAGCAAUACAAAUGUGCAGCCACAUCUUCUCCAGCAGCAGCCACCCACACAUCCAGGUUUGCCUCUCAGACUGCUUUUGACUGCACCACUGCACCAGACAGUAGCAACACAUUGAAUCUGACAUGAUUCUUCCUGGUUGUACUGCUGCAGAUGGAAUUCUGAGUAUGGAGAAUGAAAACUGAUAGGACUUGUUGGUGUUCCUUCUGAUAUUGCCUGGCAAAUCUCUGAUCAGCAGCAAAGGAGACCUGCAAACAAAAAAGAAGAAGAAGACAUUAACCUACCUUGUUCAGAGGGAACACUAAAUCAGAACAAUAUGGCACAGCAUAGUCUUGUCCUUGGAUUAUUCAUGAUGACUGUUUUGUCACUGUUGGAUGGAAGUUCAGCUUUCCUGUUAAAUCAGCGUCUGAAGGGAAGAUUUCAAAGAGACCGUAGAAACAUCCGCCCAAACAUCAUCCUCGUUCUUACUGAUGAUCAGGAUGUAGAACUUGGGUCUAUGCAAGUGAUGAAUAAAACAAGGCGGAUCAUGGAACAUGGAGGUGCUCAUUUCAUCAAUGCCUUCGUGACAACACCCAUGUGCUGCCCGUCUCGCUCCUCUAUUCUGACGGGGAAGUACGUCCACAACCACAACACUUACACUAACAAUGAGAACUGCUCUUCUCCAUCCUGGCAGGCUCAGCAUGAAAUACGUACGUUCGCUGUGUACCUCAACAACACAGGAUACAGGACAGCUUUCUUUGGAAAGUACCUUAACGAAUACAAUGGUUCCUAUGUGCCUCCUGGCUGGAAAGAAUGGGUUGGAUUACUUAAAAAUUCUCGAUUUUACAACUACACACUCUGUAGAAAUGGAGUGAAGGAGAAACAUGGAUUUGACUACUCCAGGGAUUAUCUAACUGAUCUGAUAACCAAUGACAGUAUUACAUUCUUCAGAAUCUCGAAGAAGAUGUAUCCUCACAGGCCUGUAUUGAUGGUUAUAAGCCAUGCUGCUCCUCAUGGACCUGAAGAUUCAGCUCCUCAGUAUUCACAUCUCUUUCCUAAUGCUUCGCAACACAUCACUCCUAGUUAUAACUAUGCUCCAAACCCAGACAAGCACUGGAUAAUGAGGUAUACAGGUCCCAUGAAACCUAUACACAUGGAGUUCACUAACAUGUUGCAGAGAAAGCGCCUUCAAACACUCAUGUCUGUGGAUGACUCUAUGGAGAUGAUUUACAAUGCAUUGGUUGAAACAGGUGAACUGGACAAUACAUACAUAAUAUACACAGCAGACCAUGGCUAUCAUAUUGGCCAGUUUGGGCUGGUGAAAGGAAAGUCCAUGCCAUAUGAGUUUGAUAUCAGAGUUCCUUUCUAUGUCCGAGGGCCAAAUGUGGAAGCUGGGUCCUUGAAUCCUCACAUUGUGUUGAACAUCGAUCUCGCACCUACAAUUCUAGAUAUUGCUGGAUUGGAUAUUCCGUCUGAUAUGGAUGGUAAAUCCAUUCUAAAACUUCUGGAUUCUGAGAGACCAGUGAAUAGGUUCCAUUUAAAGAAAAAGAUGAAAGUGUGGAGAGACUCAUUCCUAGUGGAGAGAGGUAAACUACUGCAUAAGAGAGAGAAUGAGAAGGUAGAUGCCCAGGAAGAAAACUUUCUGCCUAAAUACCAGCGUGUGAAAGACCUCUGUCAGAGAGCUGAGUAUCAAACAGCUUGUGAACAGCUUGGCCAGAAAUGGCAGUGUGUAGAAGAUGCCAGUGGGAAGCUCAAGCUACACAAGUGCAAGGGAAUGGUGAACUUGGCAGGUGCAGGCAACAGCAAAGGCACUUCCAAUCUUUUGCCCAAGUAUUACAACAGGAAUAGUGAAGGCUGCAAUUGUGAAGAGAAUGAAUACAAGCUGAGCCAUGUCGGACGGAGAAAGAAGCUCUUCUCCAAGAAGAAAUACAAACCGAGCUAUGUCCGGAAUCGUUCUAUCCGCUCUGUAUCUGUUGAGCUGAAUGGAGCCAUUUAUAACUUGGGUUUAGAGGACGGAUACCAACCUGUCUUACCAAGAAACAUCACCAAGCGACACAAGAUGCAGAGGGCUAUUCCUCCUGAGGAGGAAGAUAAAGACAUGGCAGAAUACAGUGGCACUGGUGGCAUUGCAGAAUAUACAGCCCCUAAUCUAAUAAAAGUUACUCACAGGUGCUAUAUCCUGGAGAAUGACACCGUUCAGUGUGACACAGAUCUGUACAGGUCACUGCAAGCUUGGAAGGACCAUAAACUUCAUAUUGACCAUGAAAUCGAAACAUUGCAAAAUAAAAUAAAAAAUCUGAGGGAGGUGAGAGGUCAUUUGAAGAAGAAGAGACCUGAGGAGUGUGAUUGUAACAAGAUAAGUUACCAUUCAAAACACAAAAGCAAACUGAGGCACAAGGGAUCUAAUCUUCAUCCUUUCAAGAAAGCCCUACAGGAGAAAGACAGGCUGUGGCUGCUUAGAGAGCAAAGGAGAAAGAAGAAACUGCGCAAACUGCUUAAGAGAAUAAAAAAUAACGACACUUGCAGCAUGCCUGGUUUGACCUGCUUCACCCAUGACAACCAGCACUGGCAAACUGCUCCCCUGUGGACACUGGGUCCUUUCUGUGCUUGUACCAGUGCCAACAACAACACAUACUGGUGCUUGAGGACAAUCAACGAGACUCACAACUUUCUGUUUUGCGAAUUUGCUACUGGCUUUUUGGAGUAUUUUGAUCUCAACACUGAUCCAUAUCAGCUAAUUAACGCAGUGAACACGCUAGAUAGAGAAGUUCUCAAUCAACUGCACAUCCAGCUGAUGGAACUAAGAAGCUGCAAAGGGUAUAAACAAUGCAAUCCAAGAACUAGGAAUAUGGAUCUGGGACUUAAAGAUGGAAGCUAUGAGCAGUACAGGCAGUUUCAGCGUCGAAAGUGGCCAGAUGUGAAGAGACCAUCAUCUUCUAAGUCACUAGGCCAACUGUGGGAAGGAUGGGAGGGCUAACCUCCCCACCUGCUGGACCUCAGUGAGGAUAUAAACUGGCCAGAACUUGAAUUCAUGUACAGACUGUGAAAAUGUGUAUGAUUUCGGAAAGAAUUAUAAUGUUAGCCUGGAGGACUGGAUGAACUUUGAGGCCAAAAUAGAUAAGAGUUUGCACUGGUGAGUGAAUUAAGUAGAUGAAGUGAAAUUAUGGAACUCCUGUCAGGAAUACAGGUCUCUUUGAAAUCCACUAUUGUACCUGCUUUUUGCUUUGGAUUAUACCUCACCUGCUUCACAAAGCAUUUUAUGUCAAGAAGACACCACUAACAUUGUUCCAGGAAUUGACAGAAGAGGAAACACAGCUGCAUCCCAAAGAGGAUUGCCAUCCCCGUGGGCAAAGUGUACACAAAGACCGUGGAAGUAAACUUACAACAUUUCUCAGUUCAGCUAUACCUUUGGACGGCACAAGGGAAAAUUUCAAAACCAAGUAUUUCUAAAGCAGCAUACAGAAAACAUGGAUGCUUUUGCUUCCAACUGGGGUAAAGGUAAUGGUGGAAAAGAACUUUUAAGAGAUUCAGGAAUUCAAAUGAGCAGCACUGAAUAUUCUCAACACCAUGGUAUUUCUCAAAUUUCCUCUGAGGGUAUGUUUUAGUUCCAUGUCUACUUGUCUGUCCUAUUGACAACUCUAGAAAAAUUAGAGAAAUCUUAACUAACAGAUGUCAGACUUUUGGAGGGGUUGUGUAAAUAUUGAUCAAUAUACUGUUUAAAAAUAAAUUCUUUCGGAUUGUGAAGAAUUUUGUUAAUAAAAGUGUGGAAUGCCCACAUACCAUUUCUCAAAAGGUUACUUAAUGUUGCAUAGCACAUUUCAGAAUUCAUCCAUUUUUAAAAGUACUGAAAAAAAUCAGUAAAUGUACAUCUUACAUUUUAAUGAAAUCAAAUUUGUAUUAUUUUUUUUUCUGUGGAUAAUAUUAUAUUGUUAUGUUCAAAACCAAAACAAUUCAUUUGAGAAAGCAACAUUGGCUUAGUAGUGCAACUUUUACACUUAUUUUUAAAAGGCUGCUCUGAGAAGUUCAAUAAUCAUGACCAAUAAAAAAAUAAUGUAGUUAUAGCUCAGUCUACAGAAAAGUAGAUGACCUGAAUAAGGGUUACUGUUUAAAAGCUUUUAAAGGAAAGAAAACAUGACUUUACUAAGGAAGCACAGCGUACAGAGUCUACUUGAGUAUCUUCAUAAAGCUGUUAUUAAAUACAUUGUAGUACAGGCACUAGCAGUAAUAAUUUAUCAUUUUUUUUCCAUGUUAAUCUGCUACCUGUUUUAAAGCUGCAUGUGAGAGGAAGCUCGUAAUAGACUCAACCAACUGCGGCCUUGACUCUUAACAAGAGGUACAUUUUUUGCAAAAUACAAACUUAACUUGCACUUCACAAUAGAAAAGCAUUUUUGCUGCUUUCCUGGGGGAAGUAUUAGCAGUCUACUUUUACCCAAGUCAGUAUGCAGAAAGAAUGCUUGCUAAGUUAGAUCAAAAAAGUUUCCACUUACCUUUUUUUGCAUUCAGCCUAUAACUUCUGAACAGAGGAUGAGACUAUCAGACUGUCCUGCAUGGCCAGUAUUACUGCUCCAGUUGCAUAUCAGGUAGAAGCUUGAAAAGUUACCAUUUCCCUUUAUGCUCAUGCAAAAUACUGAGCUGUAAGAUUUGCACAUUACAUAAGAAGUAACUGUUACUUUCUAAAGGUAGGUUGUUGCUGAGUUAGGGGGAAAGCUACCACCUCUCCUCCUUUCAGCUCUGCUAAAGAGCGCUAUUUAAGUUGAAAAAGACAUGAAUUCCAGUCAGUAUCGGUGCAGCUUUGCUAAACUGGUCUCACAGGCAGAAGGUCUAAGGCAUUACUCCCUUAGCUUUUACAGCCAGCUGGAAAAAAAAAAUAAAAUCAUUUGCUAUACAUAGCUUUCCACAGUAACAGCUGUAACAAUUUUGUAAUAGUAGUGGAUUUCCUCUGACCUUACCAGGAUGUAGCUAGCAGCCUCGAAGUAUUAGAGAGCUAAUACACUAUGUCACCAAGUUCUGAUUUUAAAUAGAAACCUUUAUUUACAUUAUUAUUAACAUCCAAACACAAAAAUCAGAAGAGCAGUAAUACCUUACAACCAACUCUUUUAUAAACCAGUCCCCAAGGUUUUUCUGUUUUUCAACAUAAAGAUACAGAUAUUUCAAGCAAUACUUAAUGUAAACUAAACUUAAAUGCAAUUCUCAAUACUGUAUGCCUUCUCCUGAGAAUUUUUUAAAAUAUUGCUCUCAGAGUUACAUGGUUUUCAUACUUGCUGUAUCAUUCAAUCACCUGGUAGUCUGCACAUAAAUUCAAAAAUAAAAUGUGUGCUAAUUGGUACAACAUUCAAAUAGUUUUUGUCUUCUAACUGAAAAAUGGUCCUGAUUUCCUAAAUUUAAAAGCAGAAUUUGAGAUCAAGAUUGGUACUACAUAUGAAUUUUAUAAAAACAUGGUUUCUGUGAUCAAAGAAUAACAAAGUAGCAAAACUAUGCUCAUUAUGCAGCAGUGACCAGAGGUGGUUGGACUAGCUAACUGUUCUCUUACAGUUGAAAAAUUGUAUACAGUUUUUGUUGUUGUUGUUAAAUAUGCUGCUACAGAACCAAAUCAGAAUUGGUGGAGAUAUUAAAUGCUAACAGCUUUCAAGGUAAGUUUUAUUUACUGCAGUCCAUAAGCCUGUCACACUAGACAUAAUACUUGGAAUCAGUGUUGCCAAGAAAGAUGUCAUCAAUGCAAUUUAAAAAUGUGCCCUCCCCCCUUUAUUAAGUUUAAACUAAAAAUCUAAAAAUCUUUGGAUUCAGCAAAAAAGUAGGUACUAGAAAGCUCCAACAUUCUAAAUACAGAUGAGAAAACAAUGAUCCUUUACAACACCAGUCAGGUAGGUACCAGCUAUACAUACAUGUAUAAACAAAAUCACUCAUUUUAAAAAAAGUUAAGAGGGCACAAUGUAUAAAGUUGUAUAUAGUCUAAGAGCUCACCUAAUGAAAGCAAUCAGGGUUUGUAGUUUCCAUCAAUAUAAUGAAUAACUACAAAAUAUAAAGAUUGUUCUACUCUCAUUUAUAUAAAAAGCAAGGGAUUGUUGCCUUUCAACUUCAGUAGGCAGCACUCAAACAGAUACGUUCUAAGAAAUAAGAAAGAAGAUAAAAGUUCCUUAGCCUUUUAAAAGUUUGUCAUUAAAAAUAAAAACACACAUGUAUUGGAUUGAAAAUUUCAAAUAAAUACUAACACCUAACCUAUAUACUCCGUACUAAUCACAAAGAUAGGGUUGCAUAAGGUAGACUGAAUCUACAUUCCUGUUGGAACACAACUGGCUGUAUGCUAAGGAUUAAUUUGUUGAGAAAUUUUCUAGUGAAAGUUAUUCCUAUUCAAAUGGAAGAUCACUGCAUAUUCUGAAAAAUAAAACCACCUCAUACUUACAGUACCAAGAAGAAGCAAUCAAGAACACUUUUUUCCUUUUUUUCCUUUUUUUUUUUUUUUUUACUCACUUGGGAGAAGUCAGUUUUCCAUUACACAGUGAACAACAGAA